AUGACGGCCCAAAGCCCCCCUCAACGGGGAUGGCGUUUCUGGGCCAUCAUGACAUCGAUGGCCGUUGCAAGUCUUCUAGCAGGCUUGGACGCCACAGCCGUCUCAACCGCCAUGCCAUCCAUAAUCUACGAUCUUGGAACCAGCCAAGGCUAUAUGUGGAUUGCCAACGCCUAUCUUCUGACAACUGCGGCUUUCACCCCAAUUUUCGGACAAACAGCUAACAUCUUUGGCCGUCGAGCCCUGACACUCUUCGCUAUUAUUGUCUUCGCUGUCGGAUCAGCUAUUGCUGGACCUUCGCCUUCCCUCGGUGCUUUAGUUGCUGGUCGCGCCAUCCAAGGUAUUGGCUGCGCCGGGAUCAAUACUAUGGUUGAAAUGGUUGUGUGUGAUCUGGUACCUCUACGUGAACGUGGGAAGUUCAUGGGGUUCAUUUUUGCUAUUUAUGCCAUUUCUACAACAAUCGGACCUAUCGUUGGAGGAGCAUUUGCAAGUAGCGUGACAUGGAGAUGGAUCUACUACUUGAAUCUUCCUCUGGCUGGAUUGACACUUGUGGUGGUCUUGGUAUCGCUUUCAGCAUUGCCUAGCGGAUCGAGCAUGUCAAUGAGAUCACUCAAGCGAGUUGAUUUCACUGGAAAUGCACUUCUCGUCGGUUCUAUUACCUCGAUUCUCUUGGCCAUGACUUGGGGUGGCGGUGAACAGCCCUGGUCGUCCUGGAGAACCAUCCUACCUCUUGUCCUAGGGUUGCUCGGGUUGCCGUUGUUCCUGCUUUACGAGAUUCGUGUCCCAGAGCCAACUACUCCUUUACGACUGUUCGCAAAUCGCACAUCCCUUGUUGGGCUAUGGUGUGCUUUCAUCCACAAUAUGCUAGUAUACUGGAUUCUCUUCGUCUUGCCUAUCUACUUCCAGGCAGUCUUGAGAUUUUCCGCAUUUCGAUCCGGUCUAAGUCUCCUGCCAACGGCUGCCGUUUGCAUGCCUUUUACCAUAAUAAGCGGCGGGAUCAUGAGCAAGAUCGGACGGUAUCGCCCUUUGCUAAUCGCUGGGUUCGCACUUUUCCCUAUUGCCCUGGGCUUGUUCACUAGGCUCGACGGACACUCAACAACAGGUUAUUGGGCGGGAAUUCAGAUCAUUGGGGCGGUCGCAAUUGGUAUCGGUAUCCCCGUCACUCUGCCAACAAUUCUCACCCCUCUACCUGAAAGUGAUAUUGCAGUUGCAACCGCUACAUGGGCCUUCAUGCGUGGUUUUGGCACUAUUUGGGGAGUCGCUAUACCACUGGCAAUCUUCAAUACAAAAGUGAAUUCGCUGGCAGCCGGUCGCCUAGCCGAAAACUGGGAAGCGCGUACAAAGCUGACAAACGGCGGUGCAUACACGCUUGCCGCGGGUGGCUUUCUGUAUCCAGAGCUGGGCCUGGACGGUGAUGCAGAUCUUGAAGCUACCGUCAAGUCUAUCUAUGUGGACAGUCUUAAAUUGUGCUGGCAAGUGAGCCUUGGGUUUGCGCUUCUGGGAUUCCUGCUCACUUUCGUGGCUAAGGAGUUGCAUAUGCGUACGGAGCUGGAGACGGAGUUUGGUCUGGAGAACGAGUCGGACAAGAAAGAGACCGUGCAGGCUGCAGCGUAG